UGCGGGACAACUCGACCUGCAAGUCACUUAAAUCGGUUUUCUGCGUCUUUUAGUAAGCGACGGGCUCGCCAGCCUCGAGCGAAAGUGUGACUGCGAACGGGCAGGCGCGCGCGGGGCUCGGCGGAGGCGCGCUUGGGCUCCCGGCGGCGACGACUACGACGACGAGGAGAGCGGACGGAGGCGGCGCCUGAAGCAGUGGCGGAGCCCAUGCCCCGGGACGGCGGGCGGGCCGGGAGAGACAAGUCCGGGGCCCGGGGCAUGUCCCCGGGGCCCCCGUGAGGAGGAGCCGGCGGCGGCUAUGGAGAUCCCGCCGCAGGAGGCUCCGCCCGGGCCGGGCGCAGACGACGACGUUGAAGAGGCCCCCGUUGAGGCCGGGUCUCCCAGCCCUGCCUCGCCCCCCGCGGAUGGGCGCCUCAAGGCUGCAGCCAAGCGCGUCACGUUCCCGUCCGACGAGGAUAUCGUGUCUGGUGCAGUGGAGCCCAAAGACCCCUGGAGACAUGGAAUUCACAGACCUCGGGCACCGCCUCGACUGUCUGGACCUGAAAGGUGAGAAGCUUGACUACAAGACCUGUGAGGCCCUGGAAGAGGUCUUCAAGAGGCUGCAGUUCAAGGUCGUGGACCUGGAGCAGACAAACUUGGACGAAGAUGGUGCCUCGGCCCUCUUCGACAUGAUCGAGUACUACGAGUCGGCCACGCACCUCAACAUUUCCUUCAACAAGCACAUCGGCACCCGGGGCUGGCAGGCAGCCGCCCACAUGAUGCGCAAGACGAGCUGCCUGCAGUACCUUGACGCCCGCAACACGCCCCUGCUGGACCACUCUGCACCCUUCGUGGCCCGUGCCCUGCGCAUCCGAAGCAGCCUGGCGGUGCUGCACCUGGAGAAUGCUAGCCUGUCGGGGCGGCCUCUCAUGCUGCUUGCCACGGCCCUGAAGAUGAACAUGAACCUGCGGGAGCUGUACCUGGCGGACAACAAGCUCAAUGGCCUGCAGGACUCGGCCCAGCUGGGUAACCUGCUCAAGUUCAACUGCUCCCUACAGAUCCUGGACCUCCGGAACAACCACGUGCUGGACUCGGGUCUGGCCUACAUCUGUGAGGGUCUCAAGGAGCAGAGGAAGGGGCUGGUGACCCUGGUGCUGUGGAACAACCAGCUCACGCACACGGGCAUGGCCUUCCUGGGCAUGACACUGCCGCACACUCAGAGCCUGGAGACGCUGAACCUGGGCCACAACCCCAUUGGGAACGAGGGUGUGCGGCACCUCAAGAACGGGCUCAUCAGCAACCGCAGCGUGCUGCGCCUGGGGCUGGCCUCCACCAAGCUCACAUGCGAGGGCGCCGUGGCAGUGGCGGAGUUCAUCGCUGAGAGCCCCCGCCUCCUGAGACUGGACCUUCGGGAGAACGAGAUCAAGACGGGCGGGCUCAUGGCACUGUCGUUGGCCCUCAAGGUGAACCACUCGCUGCUGCGCCUAGACCUCGACCGUGAGCCCAAGAAGGAGGCGGUGAAGAGCUUCAUCGAGACACAGAAGGCGCUGCUGGCCGAGAUCCAGAACGGCUGCAAGCGCAACUUGGUGCUGGCGCGGGAGCGGGAGGAGAAGGAGCAGCCGCAGCAGCUGUCGGUCUCCAUGCCUGAGACCACUGCCACCGAGCCCCAGCCUGAUGACGAGCCCGCUGCCGGGGUGCAGAAUGGGGCCCCCAGCCCCGGACCCAGCCCGGACUCGGACUCAGACUCGGACUCGGAUGAGGAGGAAGAGGAUGGAGAGAGGGGCGAGACCCCCUGUCCUGCCCUGGUGCCCCCCAUGGACUCCCUGGGCCCUGGGGACAGGAGUCCCCCAGGCAGCCCCUCCCCACCCACUGAGCAGCGGAUUUCCGUGUCCAGCCCGGGCCGGGGCCACAAGGUGUUUGUGGUGACCCGGGUGGAGAGCCCACCUGAGAGGGCAGAGCUCCCUGCGUCCCCUGGCUCGCCCUCUCCCCCACCCCCUCCCCCACCCCCUCUCUCCCCACCCACCUCACCCGCCCUACCCCCAGCUGGGGCCACUGACACAUGGGACACAGGGUCCUCCGAGCCUCGGCCACCACCAGAGCCACCUCAGUCAGGGCCACCGCUGCCCAACGGACUGAAGCCCGAGUUCGCCCUGGCACUGCCCCCAGAGCCGCCCCCGGGGCCUGAGGCCAAGCAGGGCAGCUGCGGCCUGGAGCACGAGCUGAGCUGCUCCAAGAACGAGAAGGAGCUCGAGGAGCUGCUUCUGGAAGCCAGUCAGGAAUCCGGACAGGAGACACUGUGACACUUUAGUUCCUUUUUUCCGGUCGGUCUGCGAUGAGCUGAGGCCAGAGCCAUGAGAAUCUGCUCACCUUCCCCCCAGCCUUCCUGAGGCCCAGGAUGCCAGGGGUGGGGGCCAUUCUGGGGACCCCCUGCCCACAGCAACACUACAAGGGGUGCAGGAGCUUUAGGGAGGGGCCCUCCCUGUGCUACCCAAGCACUUCUGUUUAUGAGCCCACCACUGGAAGACUCUGGAGGGUGAAUGGGAGGAGGAGGAGGUCUCCAAGACAUCAGGCGCCUGUUCUGGAGGGGCCAGGCUUGCCCUGCAGAGGGCAGGGUUCCUGGGUGGUGGUGGGAUGGUCCCCUGUGACCCCGGGCACAGGGCUGGGCAGGCAGCCUGGUGUGGGAGGGGCGGUGCGUGCUGGUGGUGGUUGAGAUUCACAGAACAGCCCCAGAUGGUGCAGGCCGGGCAGGGUGGGGGGAUGGGGGCAGAGGAUCAGAGCUUUCUUUUUCUCAAGUGCAAUAAAUCUAUCAGGGAGCUGGGGCGGGAGCAGCCGGCACUCCGGGACCCUGCUGUCCAGGCCACUGGAGGCUGCGCCCUGAGAGGCACUACAACCCAUGGGGGGCAGGGGGCGUGGGUAUGGGUGAGGGUGGGCAGAGGGCUGGGGCUACUCCUGUCGGUGCAACUCUGUUCACACCUUUUCUAAUAAACUGGGGCUGGGUUCACUUUG